AUGAGGGUCGACAUGGUCUCAAGAACUUCUAGCGAUGGCCCUCCACUUGGAGGCGGGCGACAAUGGAAGUCACUGAUUAACAAGAUUCCAAGGAGAGGGAUCAAGAUAAUCAGUCAAAAUGCCCCCGAAACCAGUACAUCCGACCUCGACCUUAAUUCCAAGUCUCCAGAUGGCCAUUCUGCGAACCCUCUCGACAGCCAGGAAACUCAUAUCCGACAGCUACAAGCCAUCGUUCAGCGAAUGCCACGCAACCUUCCUACCACGCCCAACCACAUCGACUCAGCCUACAAGGACUUCGCCAAGAACAAAGAACAAUGCGCUACACUAUGUCGACAUAUUCUGACGGAAGAGCUCGGUCGCAGUUCUCGCGGCGACCUCCUCCGCCGCGAUUCAAGCCUUGAGUCACCUCUGAGCCCGGGCCAGAUAUAUGACACAAGGAGUUCUUUCAGCGGAAGAAGUCUUGCCGAGGUUGUUUCUGGUAGUGUUUCAAAAAGCAUUCAUCAACCCGACGCUUGGCUGUCGUCGGUGCGCGACUGGAAGAACUACCUGGAGACCCUAGCCGAUGCUUGCCGAACAUGUCUGAUCGAGACUUACAAGAACAACGAGCGCGAUGCGACACCGGAGCAGGUAGAGGCUUUGUUCACGAAUAAACGGUUUCGAAAGGAGGCUGUCCAGCGGAUGCGCAAUGCUAGUGUAACUCGGGUUAUGUCGGCAGAUCCCCAAUUCUUUCCGAAGUACGAAAUGCGGUUUUACGAUUACGAGAGAAUCAAGCAAGAGCUGAAUGAGAUACGUCAGCUUCUACAAACAGGUGAAUCUGGUAUCUCUCCUGAUCGCACCAUCAAAGAAUUCGCCAUCACGCCGCGGGGCGAUGCUAUACUUGAGUUCGCCAACAAUGCUCCUGGGUGCAGCCAUAGCGAUCCCGCACUUCGUUUUCGAGUCUCCUCCUACAUGCUAUCUGAGACGUCGCCUAUCUUUGCUCGCAUGUUUGCAGGAAACUCUAACAGUCUUCAUCUAUAUGAUGACGAGGACAUCUCGAUGCAGCUGCCAUUACCCCCAGCAAAAUAUUAUUGCAAGGAUGGUUCAGAAGCCAGACUGUACCGCAUGCCACAGGUCGAGUUGAAUCGAUUAGAUUCCUUGGAGAUUCUCUUACACGCAGCACACAUGCAUAACGAGAUGGUCCCAAGAGAGAUCGAGUUUGAGCAGUUUGUUGCCAUCGCUGAGUGUUGCAUGAGAUAUAAGAGCACUUCACCUUUAGAACUCGUCGUCGAGCACCGGUGGCUGCCACAAUGGAUGCACAAAGGAGCGGAUGACAUGCCGGAUGGACUCUUGGUGAUCAGUUACGCUUUCGGACUUCGUCGGCUCUUCUCGCGCAUGUCAAAAACCACAAUUUUGAACCUAGUUGACGAGAAGGAACUGCAAGCUAAGCCCUGGCCACAGAAAAUCAAGGACAAGAUAUGGGCUGUUCGCUGCGCAAAGAUGGCACAGAUCAAUGAGUGCUGCGUCGGUGCGAUCCGGGAAUACUUGAGACAACCAACACAUAAUACGCUUGAAGACUCUGACGAUAUGCCGCUGAGCUCGCGAGCCAGUUUCUCAUCAGACACUCUCCCACCUACUAUGCUGACCAGUACACCAAGAUGUCCUAAGGGUAGUCAUUGGUGUGACGCGACGAAUCUGGGGUGGUUGAUGCUCCUAUACAACGAGAUGAACGUCCUGCCCCAUAUCAUGGCGCCAGAUGUGUUGUCACACCUUCCUAGGACACAACCACAAGCGAGGUCUCUGGCGCAGAUCGUGGAUGCUCUGAGGAGGAUCCCAGCGCCCCCAACACCAGUACACCGAGGUGUAUGUGAUCCUGGCCCGGUAUUCCGUUCCGCCAUUAGUGAUAUCUAUAACAGCGUGCUGGGCUUGACGCUUUUCGACAUCAGUGGUAAGAGUCAUGGCUGGGGGCUCUCGAAGCAUAGAGAACGGGAACCUCAGACUCAGCUCAACAAAGGCCUGGACCGCAUGGCUGCGCCUGACCCGAACUACAGCGUUGCUACCGAAUUCCCCGAGAUAGUUCGUCUGCGGAUCAUGUGCCAACUAGACGAACUGGACGAUCUUCAUUCAGCUGCCAUGGUCAAUCGAACUUACUACGAGACGUAUAAGAAACAUGAGCUUUAUCUGAUGAGAAAUAUUCUUCGCAUGGAUCGGAAACGAACCGCGCGACACCACAUUCCCAUCACCAUUAAUACCAAUGAGGAGAAGGUUCUCAAGGAUGAGUCGGAAGUGCUGAAACGGACACCAGCCGACACUGCAGAUGGCAUUACCCUUCACAGUGUGGUGGACACGGAAGGUGACUACACGGAUUCCGAUGAUGAUGACGAUGAAAGUCUCUACUCGACUUCAGUGACUCAAUCCCUCCCGCGAUCAGCGGCUACCACAAGCACAGCCACUAGAAGAACAGAUUAUCAGGGAUCAUCGGACCAUGCGCUGAUCACGGAUAGCCCCGCAUGGACACCACGGGCCCGAACCGGCACACCCACGUCAAGAUCCACUGGCAUCGGAUCUCCGACGACCCCUCGGCAGGCUGUAUUUGACCCACCUCCGGCGCCGACCACCGCACCACCGAUAACCACAAUCGAUGAACCCCCUCUCACAGUCGAGGAAGCACAUCGAAUCCUCUGGCCAGACGAUGCCAUCAAAGCUUCCGAGUCACCAUCCUACACCCCUUCGGCAGGCAUAGAAGGCAUUCGCGAAAAGUUCCGCGCCGGUGAUCCAGCUUUCGAUGCAGGUUUGGAAGAGAAGACGCUGCUCCCGACGGGGGAGAAGCAGCUACGAAGCGAGCACGACCGACAGGUUGGAUUGCUGAAAGGGGGAGAAUCUUCGAGUAAAUGA